AUGGCACCACACAAAUACCCUCUGGUAAAAUUACCACAUCCUUUUUUGACUACAUAUCGAGUAAAUACCAACACGGAAACAACACCAGCUAAACAUACUUUGACAUUGGAUAGUCAGCAACCCACAUCUGUAAAGUCUUUACCUCAACCAUUACAUUCCGAUUCUCUUUCAUGGCUUGAUUUGGUGACCAGGCGCGAAGAGGAGUGUCCCCCUCUAUCUGACAAUACCGCCUGGGGAAGAGCAUGUCGAAGCCCACAAACCACGUUCCAUUGGACUGGAAACAAUGCUCCUACAUUGGGUCAAAUCUGGAAUGUUGUCCACGCAAUAUAUCUCGCCCACCCAACAAUAGAGUAUUUCCGAUUGACUUUGAGUGGCUCCGAGAAGGAGGUUAUCCGAAGCGAGUUGCUAUCUACUGGUUUGGGAAUUGAACACCCAAAACCAUGGCGUUUCUCAAGCGCAGCAAAAACCGCAUCGCCCACCGAAGAAUUGUUGAUUCUCCGAGGUGCAUUCUGGCAAGGAGCUGCCUCACCACUUGGCCCUCGCCCUAUCUGGGUAAUUGGAGAUGGUACCGACGGUCCAGUCCGAGGAUCUCUAGCCCAAUAUCCAGUCAUGCCCGAGAACUACCAACUCACCAUGAAAUUUCCCGAAGAAGCCGUUUACACUCACCACCCAACACGCCGUCCCAAGCCACACCCAGGAUCCAUUUGCUACAGUCGCUAUAUUCCCGAAUUGGACGAGCAUUUCUCUCUCGAAGUGGUUGAUUGGCAAAACGAUGCACAUUUAAAGACCUUCAACACGUGGCAAAAUGAUCCUCGUGUUGCUAAGGGCUGGAACGAAACUGGAACAUUGGACCAGCAUCGUGAGUAUCUACGCAAGUUGAACUUCGAUCCUCACGUGCUGUGUCUAUUUGGACGCUUCAACGAUACCCGCUUCUCCUAUUUUGAGCUCUACUGGGCGAAAGAGGAUCACUAUGGUGCUCACUACAACGCUGGAGAUUAUGAUCGCGGACGCCACUCUCUCGUCGGUGAUGCUUCGUUCCGUGGCCCACAGCGUGUUAACGCCUGGUAUUCAAGCUGUAUCCAUUAUGUAUUCCUCGACGAUCCACGAACUGUGAAUGCAGUUGGUGAGCCCAAAGCAACAGGUGGUACCAUCUUGUCUUACGAGAAUGCCCAAGGUCUUACCAUUGGAAAGUACGUUGAUCUGGGACACAAACGAUCGGUCCAUUCGAUCUGUAGCCGGGAGAAAUGGUUCCAGCUAUGUCCUCUAUUCUGGGAUGGAAGAAAACAGCCAUUGGAAUCUGCAGAUCGAGCAGCGUGGAAUUCGAUUUACGCCCCGAAGUUGUAAGAUCCAAAUAGCUAAGAUGAACUAUUGAGAUGAGAAUGAUCUGUAUAUAUUAGUUGUUGGAGAUGUGUGCGAUUUUAAUCGGGUUCAAAAAGCGAGCAAACCAUGUAAUUUCAAUAAUAAAAGUGAAUUCAAACCAGUGUGCAUUCUUUGUUGAGGCA